CCUGUUUCACGUAUAUAUUAAUAUUUUUUUAACACUUCAUUUCUUAAACUUUUAAAAAAUUUCGUAUUUUUAUCUUGCUUCAAUUUUCCAUUUCUCAUUUAUGUACAACCUAGACUUGGCUCAUAGAAUAAAGGUUUCUUUGGAUUCAAAACCAAUAAUCAGCUUUUUUUUUUUUUUCUUUUAUGGAAGUCCAAAGGUAUUUUGCAUAAAUUGAUGAGGAUCAGAAUUGUCCAAAGUCAUCCAUGUGGAAUUUUUGUUUGCAACAAUACCAAGUUUCCGUUAUUUUAAUUUCCUUGGAAACGAGAUUUAUAAGCUUCUUGCUUAGAGAAAAAGACAUGUGACUUGUUCCUAAUCAACACCGCUAAGCUGGCCAAUUAAUCAGCUUGCUCCUGUGUCAAACAGGCUAGCUUAGGAACUUCCUCCAUGGGUAUUUGUCAACUUCUGUUUGUUGCUUUAUACCAUAAAUUUCUUAUGUGUAUGGUUUUUCUAUAAGGUUCUUAUUGUUUAAGACAAGAUAACGAAAAAUAAAUAUUUAUGUUCUUGUCAGCAAUGUCUCUGUCACUCGGUCCAUAUAAAGUAAAAAUCACUUUCCAUUCUAUUCAAUUAUCAGUGUAAGAAUUAAAAAAAAAAAAAAAAUUCCCAUUCCUGCAACACUUUAGAAAGUUACAAUGCAGUCCCCAAUGAAAGUUACCAGCCAGUCCAAUUCUAGUUUCUGUUUACUCAUGGCAAUCGAAAUCUUGCUGAAAGAAGCAGAAAGAUCAAACUUCGUUUUCUCCCCUACGUCAUUUAACUCUAUGUUGAGCCUGAUUGCUGUAGGAGCAACAGGGUCUACGUUAAACAAUCUGCUUUCCUUUCUAGGAUCAGAAAGUAUCGGGGAGCUGAAUUCCUUGGCUUCACAAAUUGCUAUUUCAGUAUUAUCUCCAGAAAAUGAAAGUCAUAACCUCACUAGAGGUCCGAUUGUAUCUUUUGUUAAUGGUGCUUGGGUGGAUCGACGAUUCGACUUGAAGCCUUCUUUUGAGAAGAUUGUGAAAGAUGUUUACCAUGCCACAGCCAAAAAGGUUGACUUUGCAAAUCAGGCUAACCAAGUGGUUGAUGAAGUUAAUUUUUGGAUCGGAAAUGCAACCAAAGGACUCAUCAGAAACCUCAUCCAACCAGGGAUUCUAGGCAGUGAUACAGCUCUUGUCCUUGCAAAUGCAUUAUACUUCAAAGGAGCAUGGGAUCAAAAAUUUGAUUCAUCUAAAACUGUAAGCAAAAACUUCCACCUUCUUAAUGGUCAGACCGUUAAAAUUCCUUAUAUGACCAGCAGAGAUCAUGCUCAGCAUUACUAUGGCUCUUUUGAUGAUUACAAAGUUCUGAAGAUGUCAUACCAAAAUGGUCAAGACACCAGGCGAUUCUCCAUGUAUUUCUUUCUCCCAAAUGCAAGAAACGGAUUGCAAAAUCUAGUAGAUAAGUUCAAAGCCAAUCCCAUGAUAUUGAAUAACCCUGUUCAGGUACAGAAGCGAUGGCUUACUCAUUUGUGGCUUCCUAAGUUUAAGUUUUCGUUCGAGUUCGAAGCCUUACAAGCAAUGCAUGAGUUGGGGCACGAGGAACAACUUUUCAAUAACCUGGGACACCUUACCGAGAUGGUAGAUUCUCCACAAUCUCCUUUCAUCUCAAAGUUGUUGCACAAGUCAUUUAUUGAAGUCAAUGAUGAAGGAACAAAAGCAGCAGCUAGCUCUGUGGCUAUAGUCGAAAUGAAAUGUGCUAGCAGGCCGGGAUUUCCAAGCUUUGAAGCUGAUCAUCCUUUCCUUUUCACAAUCAAGGAAGAGAAUUCUGGGAUUGUUUUCUUUGUUGGAGCUGUACUUAACCCUCUUUUGGUCUCUUGAACUCUUUUCUCUGAUGUUUUGCUCUAUUUCUGGAUGUGACAAUGUCCUGACGAGAUUUAUACUUAUGAUUCUCAUUCUGGAUGUGCUUUUGAUCUGUUUGUUUGAAUAACAACUGGUGAAUGUGUUCUCUGAAUAACAACCGGAGAUAGUUUUCCCUUGACCAUAUAAAAUGACAUCAAUCUGUCUGUUCUUUCUUUUGA